CGGAGCAUUCACGGGGCCACGUCCGGUGGCGGCGGGGCCGAUGGCGGAGCCAGCGCAGGGCACGGAGCCGCUGUGGCGAACGCCUCCGGGCCGCCUGGCCCCGCCGCACGUCUACCGCAUGGCGGAGGCGUUGGGCGCCGAACUGCGCCGUCUCUCGGGCCGCUUUGGACCCGACGCCGUGGCCGGAUUGGUGCCGCCGGUUGUGCGGUUGCUGGAGCUGUUGGAGGCGUUGGUGGCGCCGGUGGGCUCCGAGGGUGAGGCGCUGCUGGCCGAGCAGCAGGAUGCGGAGGACCUGGAGCAGAGGCUGUGGGAGGCCGAGCGCCGGGAGCGAGCCCUGCGAGGCCGCCUGGCCCAGCUGGAGGAGCAGAACCAGCAGCUCCUGGGGCAGCUGGCAGAGAGCCACCACCAGGAAGACAGCACGGUGCGGAAGGAACGAGAGGUGAUGCUGCGGCUGAAGGAGGUGGUGGACAAGCAGAGGGAUGAGCUUCGUGCCCAGGCUCAUGAGAUCGUCUGCAAGAGCCGAGACACGGAGGCGCUGCAGGAGCAGCUGCACCGCUUCAUGUCCAUGAACGAGGAGCUGCGGCACAAAGUGGCCGUGGUGCAGGCGCAGCUCAAGAGCGCUCUGGAGAAGAAGUCGGACCUGGAGGCCACUGUGCUGCAAACCCAGAGGGAAAUGAGCAGGAGGAGCAGGGCUGCCCCCGAGGCACCGCUGCCACAGCCCAGCCAGGAAGGAGCAGCACCGCUGCCUGCAGAGGAGCCGCCGUGCCAGGAUGCGAGCAGGAGCCCGGCUCAGUGCUGCUUCUCCAUGGAAGAGCUGCAGCAGAUCCUGCAGGAGCGGAACGAGCUGAAGACCAACCUGUUCCUGGUGCAGGAGGAGUUGGCCUAUUACCAGCGGGAGCUGCUGAACGAAGAGAGAAUCCCCAGCUUCUUCCUGGAUGCAAUGAAGUCGACAAUCAAAAAGCAGAGAAGAAAAAUCAGAGCCAAGAUGCUGGGGACGGCGGAGGAGUCAGCGAGUAGCGACGAAGAGGAAGGCUCCUGGCUCCCGGCUCGAGGUGCAGACUGUGUGGAUGCUCCGCCUCCAGAAUCCAAAAUCAGGAGCUUCUUUGGGUUAUGGUAUCAAGGCAGCAGCAAAGACCCUCCCGUGCCCAGCUGCUCCGGAGCCUGGGAAAUCAUCGACUCACUGGACACACAGCAGGAGCAGAUGGGAGAGCACAAACCAGACCGAGGCACACCAGCACUCUGACCCUGUUGGAUCUGACCGUGGCGUCACCGGGAGCCACAGAGCACAGCGUGGUGCACGGCUGGGAUGCUCAGCUGGCACAGAGCAGCUCGGCACCUCCAGGCACCUUGCCCCAUCCUGCCCUACGUGGGGGUUUCACAUCAUCCCUUCCCAACAUCUCCCCAUCCCUGCAAUGUGAAGAUGAAGAGCUGUCUGGGUGCUGCCCUGUUUUCCCCAUGCCGGGCUGAGCAUGCACUGGUGAGGGCUGGGUGGCCUUUGGGAACACAUUUUGAAUGUGGGGUGAAUUGGUUUUGUGCUGGGACUUGUUCCUGCUUCUGGAAAUUGGAAAAGUUCAGCAAUCUUCGUGUUUACGGGAGCACAGCUAUCCGCAUGGAUCAGGUGCUUCCCAGCUCUGGGACUGGAGUCAAAAAUAAACUGGGCUCUUGUUUCUCUGACGAGGUGCCCACUGCAACCUC